CUUGAGGUAUUGCCCAAUCUGUCAAAUAGUUGCCGGUUUAGUGUUUGUUUGGAAUUUACGCAGCAUUGAAAACAGCUCUAAAAUUGCUCCAAAAUGUUUAAAAAUACAUUUCAGUCCGGCUUCUUGUCCAUCCUCUAUAGCAUCGGUAGCAAACCAUUGCAGAUUUGGGAUAAAAAAGUGCGCAAUGGCCACAUAAAACGUAUCACCGACGGAGACAUUCAGAGUCUUGUACUGGAAAUCCUGGGAACAAAUGUCAGCACCACGUAUAUAACGUGUCCAGCAGAUCCUAAGAAGACGCUAGGUAUUAAACUGCCUUUCCUGGUCAUGAUCAUCAAGAAUGUGCGGAAGUACUUCACAUUUGAAGUGCAGGUGCUCGACGACAAAAACGUAAGGCGGAGAUUUAGAGCGAGUAAUUACCAAUCAACAACCCGCGUCAAGCCUUUCAUUUGCACAAUGCCAAUGCGCCUGGACGAGGGAUGGAAUCAGAUUCAGUUCAAUCUCUCAGAUUUCACGCGACGAGCGUACGGAACGAACUACGUGGAAACGCUUAGAGUGCAGAUUCACGCAAAUUGUCGCAUUCGGCGAGUGUAUUUCUCGGAUCGCCUGUACUCUGAAGAUGAACUGCCAUCGGAAUUUAAGCUUUUCCUGCCCAUCCAAAAACCAGCACCGAAGCCUUUAGCACAGCAAGCCUGCUAAAAUUUCUUUGAGUCUGAAACACAAAGUCACCGUUUUUCUACACCAAUAACUAUUUAUUGAUCGGGAAUCGUGAGGAUUUCCACGCCUGAAUCCGUGAUGAGAACCGUGUGCUCA